GGCCACACUUGCAUAUUCGCUGGCGACGCCUUUGAUCCAAACUCUGCGCCCGGAUUAUUGGAUUAUUUGACUUGACUAUUGGAAAAUGUCCGUUGAGGUGGAUUUCGUCGACAAGAAGGAGGUGCACCUCCGCACCCUGAAGCAGUCCGGUCACGUGGGAUUCGACAGCUUGCCUGACCAACUGGUCAACAAGAGUGUCCAGAAUGGAUUCGUCUUCAACGUCAUGUGUAUAGGAGUCACUUGGAGAAGGUUUCAAACUUUUGUUGCUUCUUAACUCAAAGAUGGCUUUGUUUGCACACCAAUUAGAAAUUGGACAUACAGUGGUAGCUCGAUGCAGAGAGAAUGAAAUAAAAACCGAGGCGAAACCGGACUGGGCAAGUCGACGCUGAUGGACACGCUGUUCAACACCAGCUUCGAGUCCACGCCGAGUCCCCACACUUUGCCGAGCGUCAAGUUGAAGGCACACACCUACGAGCUGCAGGAGAGCAAUGUGCGACUCAAGCUCACCAUCUGCGACACGGUUGGCUACGGCGAUCAGAUCAACAAGGACGACUCGUUCAAGGCGGUGGUGGACUACAUCGACGCACAGUUCGAGAACUAUCUGCAGGAGGAGCUGAAGAUCAAGCGAUCGCUGGUGACAUGCCACGACAGCCGCAUCCACAUCUGCCUCUACUUUAUUUGCCCCACUGGGCACGGCCUCAAAUCGCUGGACCUGGUGUGCAUGAAGAAGCUGGACAGCAAGGUGAACAUAAUUCCGGUGAUUGCCAAGGCGGAUACCAUUUCCAAGGUUGAGCUACAGCGCUUCAAGGCGAAGAUCAUUCAGGAGCUAAACGCCAAUGGAGUGCACAUCUACCAGUUCCCCACCGACGAUGAGACGGUGGCCGAGACCAACACCAGCAUGAACUCGCACAUUCCCUUCGCCGUGGUGGGCAGCACGGAGUUUAUUAAGGUGGGCAACAAGCUCAUCCGCGCUCGCCAGUACCCCUGGGGCACGGUGCAGGUGGAGAACGAGACGCACUGCGACUUUGUGAAGCUGCGCGAGAUGCUCAUUCGCACCAACAUGGAGGAUAUGCGCGAAAAGACACACACGCGCCACUACGAGCUGUAUCGCCAGAAGAGGCUGGAGCAAAUGGGCUUCAGCGAUGUGGACAGCGACAACAAGCCCAUCUCGUUCCAGCAGACGUUCGAGGCAAAGCGCUCCAACCAUUUGGCCGAGCUGCAGUCCAAGGAGGAGGAGGUUCGUCAGAUGUUCGUGCAGCGCGUUAAGGAGAAGGAGGCCGAGCUGAAGGAGAGCGAGAAGGACCUGCACGCCAAGUUCGAGAAGCUAAAGCGGGAUCACGCCGAGGAGAAGCGCAAGCUGGAAGAGUCGCGCAAGGCGCUCGAGGAGGACUACCUUGACUUCCAGCGGCGCAAGCAGCAGUUGGCCACCGCCCACCACACGCUCACCCUCGGCAAGAGCAAGAAGAAGUAGAAUCCGGCGCCGCCGCCUCACAAUGUAUUGAGAAUUCUGUGCGGUUCGCUUAUCCCAAAGUAAUUAUUGCUUUCUCAUCUCGUUGUCUUUCAUUUGUACUAUUAAGUUUACUUCAAAUAUUAACAUAUACACAACUACACGCAUAUGUACGCAGGCAUAUAAUGAUUAUGUAUUUACAACUAACGAAUAAAUCGAACUUAGUAUUUUAACAAAGUAG